CGGCUUGUGCACCGUUCUGAGAACAUUCUGAGGUUUUCAAGCGUAGACGACUCGCUCCAACUACAUCCCUUCCACGGCGCGCGGACCCCAUCUACAAUGGCUUCACAAGAUAAUCGCGUCCUCAAGCUUUCCGGCAACGAGCGCAAGGAAGAUUACAGCACCAUCGUCGCCCGUCGUGGCCACAGUAGCAACCGUAUAGUACACGCCUCGUUCGCUGACCUUAUCCCUCUACGGCAAAGAGCAGAUGUCGGAGACUUAUCGCUAGAGAGACCAUCAGAAGAAGAGGUUGAAGAGACGAGACUAAAGACACAGAAAGCUCUCCAGCAGCUCGUUUCUGGCGCUGUCGCGGCACAAAAGCCGAAAAAUGUCACCGGUCGAUCGCAGAAAGAUCCACUAUACGUGCGGUAUACACCCGCAGACCAGAUGGGUGAUACUUCAAAGAAGCAAGACCGGAUCAUCAAGAUUGUAGAGAGGCAACAGGAUCCGAUGGAGCCCCCCAAGUUCAAACAUAAAAAGGUCCCUCGUGGACCGCCAUCACCACCACCGCCUAUCAUGCAUUCACCACCAAGAAAACUCACCGCUGAAGAUCAAGAGGCCUGGAAGAUUCCUCCGCCAAUAUCGAACUGGAAGAACCCGAAGGGCUAUACCGUGCCAUUAGAUAAGCGACUAGCGGCAGAUGGUCGAGGCCUCCAGGACGUAACAAUCAAUGAUAAGUUUGCGCAGUUCGCGGAAGCCCUUUUUACAGCGGACAGACACGCCAGAGAUGAGGUACAGCAGCGCGCACUCAUGCAGCAGAAGCUCGCGGAGAAAGAGAAGCAGCAAAAGGAGGAUCAUCUACGAGCACUGGCACAGAAGGCUCGUGAGGAGAAGGCACGAGGUGGAAGAAGAUCGUCACAUCGAUCACGAAGUCGGUCUGUUGACAGCUAUUCUUCUCAGUCCGACAGUGAAGGCGAAGACGCCGCGCGUGAGCGAGAAGAUAGGCGGCGUGAGCAAAGACGAGAUAAUGAGCGCAAGCUACGCCAGUCGCGCAUGGGAACCGAGCGCAAAAUUCAGAUGAUGGCCAGAGAGCAAGGUCGUGAUAUUUCAGAGAAGGUUGCCCUUGGUUUGGCGAAGCCCACACAGACUGGAGAGUCCAUGUACGAUUCACGCUUAUUCAAUCAAACCAGUGGUUUUGAUACUGGCUUCAAUGAAGAUCAAGCUUACGACAAGCCACUCUUCGCUGCUCAAGACGCCAUCAACAGCAUCUAUCGGCCGAAUGUGCAGCAAGAGGACGACGAGGACGCUGGAGAGACUAUGGACAAGAUCACGAAGAACAGCAAGUUCGAAGUUCUUGGAAAGGCUAAAGAAGGUUUCAAAGGGGCCGACCUACAAGAGGAGCGCGAGGGACCUGUGCAAUUCGAGAAAGAUACAGACGAUGUGUUUGGCAUUGGCGAGAUGAUCGACGAGGUGACCAAAGGCAGUAAAAAGCGUUACGGAAUGCAAGACCAGGACGAUUCACGUGGGUUGAAGCGUGCCAGAGUCGAAGACGACUCCAACUGAGCUUACUUAACAAAAUGUCGCCCAUUACUGGCUGGCUUUAUCUAGUGUUCUUAGGCGUUGCAUUUUACGGCGUUUCACCAUCAUCAAGGUUUCGAUAUCGCUGCCACGGACUCUGCAUUCUUUCAUAGACACGUCGUAAUGCCGAUUCACCUCAGUGUUCUCACGCACUCUUCGACAUAUUAGGUAUACUAUCACCUGUCUCUUCUGAUCAUGGAUGUUUGGGGUCCUUGAAGCAAAACCAAU